AUGACUCUAAUUAUGCACAUUCUUCGACGGUGUUUUGGUCUCUUUAGACACGCUAUAGAUGACUGUGUCCAGCAUCUUGAUGUAACUGAUUCCUUGGCAAACACUACCCUUCGCUCACGUCCCUUGGCGAUUUCAUCCGCCUUUACGAAGGGUGUAGAAACUGCCCCUUGGGAUCGCCAGUCGGGCCCUGACUACCAGCGCUUACUAAAUCAAGCCACCCCUUUAACAGUCCGCACCUCCAGUCUCAAGUCUCACCGACCAGUAACUGCGCAUUCCUCAUCUUCCGCAUAUUCAUUUGCCGACGAAACCAAGUCGCACCAGGCCGUUACUCUCCAGACACCGUUGCUUUCAGCUGAAGACCGGAGUUCUUCGGACAGGAGCAACCAAUGGUCAUCAUCAGACCUUUCUUCUUUACGUUCUUACAGCGUAAUUUCCGUUCCCGUGACGAGUUACGAAAGAAUUCGUCCACUUUCUAAUUCCAUAGUUUUUGGCACAUCGAAUUCAAGCUCUGGUGGAGGAGGGGUAGGACACAUGGGAGAAUCUCAAAACAGUAGAUUUUCGAGCCCUUCAGGAAGGCUUGAUGGUGUCGGCAAAGGUAUUAUUGGACGAGGUGAAAUGUCUGUUGGUAUGACCAGCCCCUUACUUUCUGCUGAUCGGACUGCUUCAGUCGACGCAGCUGAAGAGCUUCACAAACUCCGACUGCAGUUGUGA